AUGCAAAUACAGGAUUCACAUUCCUUUUUCUAUUGGAUACGAAUUGAAAAAACCGGACGUGGGAAACAAGGAGGAAAAUCUAGAGCCAAGGCUAAAACUCGCUCCUCGCGGGCGGGGCUGCAGUUUCCCGUGGGCCGCGUGCACCGGCUGCUCCGCAAAGGCAACUACGCCGAGCGGGUCGGGGCCGGCGCGCCCGUGUACCUGGCGGCGGUGCUGGAGCACCUGACGGCCGAGAUCCUGGAGCUGGCGGGCAACGCGGCCCGCGACAAGAAGACGCGCAUCAUCCCGCGCCACCUGCAGCUGGCCAUCCGCAACGACGAGGAGCUCAACAAGCUGCUGGGCAAAGUCACCAUCUCGCAGGGCGGUGUCCUGCCCAACAUCCAGGCCGUGCUGCUGCCCAAGAAGACCGAGAGCCACCACAAGGUCAAGGGAAAGUAAAGUCUGCAACAGAAAAGAAUAUAUAGUCUUAAGUCUCCCUAUUACCUAAAGGCUCUUUUCAGAGCCAUUCAACAUUUUCACAGGAAAAGCUGGUAAUCGGGCUAUGCUACGUUGGUCUCAGAUCAACUUGUGAA